UUUGCCAACCGCCAUAAAAAGCAAAAGAAGAAGAAGAAGGCUCCUCCGGCCUGGAGCGGUGGACAGUCAUCUUCUAACAUGCAGUGCUAAUCGGUUGCUGCUCAUGAAAUUCGCGGUACUUUGGCAUGCACCGAAAACACGCGGUGCCGACACAGAAUGAAAACCCUAACCCUAGGAUGACCGUUCUGGCAAAGACAUCUUUUGAGAAAGUCUGUUGGAAGAGUGGUCAUAAUAAUUAUCUUAUGGAAACCAAUUUUGUUUUUGUCCAGAUAAGAUUUUAUUAAUACUGCAGAUUCAAGAGUGAUGCCAUCAGCCCAUCGCCAAAACAAUUUAAUCAUGGAAAAUCAGAAAUCUGUGAACAGUAUUGCUUCAACGCAGUUGAGUGGGGAAUCGAGUACCUUCAUCUGCACGGAAUGUGGGGAUGGGUUCAGUCAGUACUCCAAUGUGUUGGUCCACAUGGCCAUUCAUGGACCUCUGGAGUCGUUUUCCUUGGAUGGCUCCUCCAACGGAUUUGAAGUCCCUCGAGAAUACGUGCUUCAAGAAAAUGGUACACUGACAGUUGUGAAUGGUUUUGAGCCACAUUCUUCUGUAAAACCAGUAUCUCCUGGAGUCCUGCCAUCGCAUUUUCCAUCCCCCAUUAAACCACUAUCUCCAACCCUCCGGCCACAGCCGUCUCCUUACAGAGAUGUGUUCAGGCCAAGGCCAUCAGAUUCAAACUUGGACAAGUCUCGUCAGGGCCAUUACCGUUGUGAAAUAUGUAGCCGAUCAUUUAACAGCCUACAGAGUUUACAUCGUCACCAGCAAUAUCGAAACACAGAGCGAGGAUAUAAAUGCACUUUGUGUUGUAAGAUCUUUGAAGGGCGGCAGGACCUUAAGAAACACCUCCAAGACCAUACCAAUGAAAGAUUUCACUGCUGUAGUCAUUGUGGUAAGAGAUUCCUUAAGGUGGAUGCACUUAAUGCUCAUCAGAAAGAAAAUCACCUCGUAACCAAGGCUUCAGUUUUGAGUAAAUCUUUGACUAAGCAGGAAAAGACAAAUGAGAAAAUGUAUAGUUGUAGGAAGUGCAAGUGCAAUUUUUUCUGGAUGUCAGAUUUUCAGACACAUUCACUGCACCAUUGCAAAGGGAAAGGGCCUGAUGCUACGUUGGCAUCUAAAAUUGAAAUUGUGGUGAAUUCUGAGAAGAUAGAAGACACACCGCUUCAACAUGUCUACAGUAAUGGUACAUCUAUUGAUGUUAAGAGUGGCCAUAAUAAGAUCCUGAGGGAUCCUAGUGAUGAGAUUAAUUCUGAAUUGUCUUGCACACCAUACAGAUGUGGUUUAUGUGGGGAUCGUUUCCAAAAAUUAACAGCUCUGAAGGAGCAUCAUCUCACACAUCAAACUCAGGAGGAAAUCGAUCAGCUGAAUCAAGAAUCACAAAGAACCUUUAAGCGAAGAAUGCCACCCAAGGGCAGACGUAGAAGAGCGAGUAACCCAAAUGGCAAACUGCAUCCUUGCAAGCACUGUCAUCGCGUCUUUAAUCAUUCUAGUAGUUUAUCUCGGCACAUGAGGUACCAUAAGGGUACUAUGCACAAGUGUGUAUUUUGUGGUAGACAUUUUCCACAGCGCUGUGAUUUGAGAAGGCAUGUAGCCAUGUACCACAAAACUGAACUGGAGAAGAAGCCAGGUUUGAAACAAUUAUACACAAAUCCAGAUAAUGGUCCUGUCCCCAAUUUUCUUAAUGGUGACAAAAACCUAAGCUCGCCUGAUGAGAUUACCAAGAGCUCCUCUGACAAUGAACAAACGGCAUCACCAGAGCAAAUCCAAAAGGAGAAACAAUCAGGAAAAGCAGGCAGAAUUAACUACAAGUGUCAGGAAUGUGGAAAAAGAUUUGGGCUCUUAAGUGUGUACCAACGGCACUUGCGGUAUCAUAAAAAGGAACCUAUUAAGUGUCCGAGGUGUCCAGCGCAAUUCAAGGACCCUUCCUCUCUGGAGCUUCACCUUCAGUAUCAUCCCAGCACUGGAAAAGCUGAUUAUGUUGGACAAACCUCUCGCAGCACUGGUUCCAGUGGGGCCCAUCUCUUAGAAAAGGACCUAGAGGAUGACCUUAUGGACCAUACUGAAAAUGAUAAAGGAAAUUCUUCAGAGGUUCUUUAUGAAUGCACCGAGUGCACGGAGACAUUCUCAUGCUUGGACGCGUUUCUUCACCACCAGACUUCUCAUGCCUCAGAAAACAAUGGGUAAUUAUGAUGUCAGACCCACUGGUUAUUUAUUGUUAUUGCCCACAAUUGAUCGCUCAGUAAUUCCAUUUUUUGAACUCUUAGUAUUGCGGAUAUUGUAAUGACUGUAUUGAUGUAAAGUUUAAUGUUUGUUACUUCUAUGACUACUUUUUAACACCCAUUUUCUUUGCCAUUAAAAGGGAAAAGCAUAUUAAGGGAUUUUCAGAAAUCAAGAGACUAGGGAGAAAGGGAGCAUACCAAGUUAAAUUUUUGUAUUUAAUAAAUAAAAACAAACUGCAUAUAUUUGAAAUAGGUAAAAUACAAGUUUAAACCAUGUAUUCCCCCACAGGCUACAGGUACAGUAAACUGUGCCAAUUGUUUACGAGCAACAAUGAGCAUGCUUCUUCUGCUUGUAUUUUAAUUAGCUACCCGUGCUGUUACUGUUAAUCAUGCUACUACAUUUUUUUCCUUUUACUCACAAUUAUACCAAUUUUGAUAUUGCCUGUAAUAAGUGGUAUAUGCAUGUCUGCCUUUUGAAAUGGUAGCAUUGUCCGUGUAUUUUUAAUUGUGCCAUUAAAGUUGUACAGAUAAAUUGUUA